UCAGUGCAGAUAUCCUGUACGACCAGCUCGGAAUGGACGUUGACACGCCCCUGAACGCAGCUUACGUCGGUGACCUGUCAGCGCUCAUUGUCUAUCAUAUACUCAUGGGUUCUGAGAUUUCCCGCCAGUGUCGUCUGCUCCCGCGCGAAAACUACUUUACGAAGUCUGUAUUCAAGCAGCUCUCUGACGAUGACGUCAUAGACUAUGAAGAUUUCCAAGAGCUGCUACUAAAGUUGAAGAUCGGGAAGGCUAUUAUGUCACAGAUGACGCAGAUGGUCGACGCGCACGGUCAUGGGCACUCGCACAGAAAGAAGCGAGCUGCAGUUGACCCUCAGAACCUUACUACGCAACAAUUCUGGAAUGAUCGGUGCUACUCCGGCGACCAAUUGCUGUCGGUGUUCAAAGUGCCGAAGACCGGAAACAUCACAUUGGGCCGAUUCAAGGACAUUUGCCCAUCCUUGGUACAACAACAACUUACAGACGCUUGCAAGAAAAGGGCACGUGGGUCUAAGAAUAAGGGUGAUCCUCCAACGGAUCUAGAACGCUACGGAUACGGCACGAUAGCGAACAUCCUGUGCUGCCUGUGCUCGCUGACGGGUGUGGUGGUGUUACCGUGUGCAUCAAAGGCCGUCUACCGGAUACUCAUAGCGACAUUUGUCGGGCUUGCCGUCUCCACGCUCUCCUCGGACGCACUUCUUCACCUCCUCCCUAUGGCUUUCGGCGUUCAUGGUCACGAGGAAGACGAUGAGGAUGACGACCACGCGCAUGCGCACAGCGAGGCCCACUUCGCGCCCUUCCUAGGAUACAGCCUGAUAGCUCUAGGCGGUAUCUACGUAUUCUACUUGUUCGAGAAGAUAAUGUCCAUGUACAGCGGUCACGGUCGUAGCCACGAGGAGGACGAUCCCGUUGAGAUGGUGAUGGGAUAUGGUGGCUCGUAUCCUAGCAAUGGAAACAAGCACUCACAUGGCAACGGGUUCGGCUCCAAUGUGACCUUGCCUAGAUAUGACGAAGGUCACCAAGAGGAACGUCCUAAAUCCAACAUGCCUCCAAUCGCCAUAAUGGUGGUCAUCGGCGAUGCGAUUCACAACUUUGCCGACGGGCUCGCGAUCGGAGCCGCGUUCACAGAGAGCAACAGUCUCGGUAUCUCCACCAGCAUAGCCAUCUUCUGCCACGAAUUCCCACAUGAGCUCGGCGAUUUCGCGAUCCUGCUCACGAGCGGCUUGUCCUUCCGGCGGGCGCUCCUGUUCAACUUCCUGUCCUCGUUGACCGCCAUGAUUGGUCUUUACGUCGGCCUCGCCGUCUCCACGGACCCCUCGGUACGCAACUGGAUCUUCGCCGUCACCGCGGGCCUCUUCCUCUACAUCUCUCUCGUCGACAUGCUUCCGCAGUUGCUUGAGAAGCGGAAAGAGAAGCCCCUAACGAACUUCAUCUUCAACAACGUGGGCAUUUUCAUCGGACUCGCCAUCAUGCUGCUGCUAGCGGUGUUUGAGGAACAGAUCCGAGGUAUAGGAGGAACCGCUUAA